CUAUGUUUUUAACAGCUGACUGAAGAGGGGUGCUUGAGUCUAUAGUCAUGGGAUCCAAUUACUUUUCUUUUUAGUGGAGGUGUUUGGGAGAGUUAUGUUUAAAAAAAAUAAAUAAAAAAAGUAAAAAUAAUAAAAAAAAUAAAAUAAAAAAGCAUACGAGUAAAUGAGUUUAUAGGAGAAAAACGUCCCGAGGAACUGUGGACUUCAUUGGUAAAAAAUGAAUGCUAGUGGUCCUGGGUACCCCCUAGCCUCUCUCUAUGUUGGGGACCUACAUCCUGAUGUGGCAGAGGCCUUGCUUUAUGAGAAGUUUUCUCCUGCAGGGCCUAUUAUGUCCAUUCGAGUUUGUCGCGACAUAGUCACACGCCGAUCUCUUGGGUAUGCCUACAUAAACUUCCAGCAACCAGCUGAUGCCGAACGUGCCCUUGAUACAAUGAAUUUUGAAGUGAUAAAAGGGAGGCCAAUCCGUAUCAUGUGGUCUCAGCGUGACCCAGCUUUGCGCAAAUCUGGUGUAGGAAAUGUGUUUAUAAAAAACUUGGAUGACUCUAUUGACAACAAGGCACUCUAUGAUACAUUCUCUGCAUUUGGCAAUAUCCUUUCAUGCAAGGUAGUUUGUGAUGAACAUGGAUCUAGAGGAUAUGGAUUUGUUCACUUUGAGACCCAGGAGGCAGCAACACGGGCGAUACAAACCAUGAAUGGAAUGCUUCUGAAUGACCGCAAAGUGUAUGUGGGGCAGUUUAAAUCUCGAAAGGAACGAGAAUCAGAAUAUGGUGCAAAAGCGAUGGAAUUUACUAAUGUCUACAUCAAAAAUUUUGGAGAGGAUAUGGAUGAUGAAAGGUUAAGGGAGAUCUUUUCACAAUUUGGCAGAACUCUAAGUGUAAAAGUAAUGAUUGAUGAGAAAGGCCGGUCCAAGGGCUUUGGAUUUGUCAACUUUGAAAACCAUGAAGAUGCACAAAAGGCUGUAGCAGAAAUGAAUGGAAAAGAAAUUAAUGGCCGUGUUGUCUAUGCAGGAAGAGCACAGAAGAGGAUAGAACGCCAGUGUGAACUAAAGCGGAAAUUUGAUCAACUUAAGCAGGAAAGAUUUAGCAGAUAUCAGGGUGUAAACCUGUACGUUAAAAACCUGGAUGAUGGGAUUGAUGAUGAAAAGCUGAGAAAGGAGUUUUCUCCAUAUGGAACUAUCACCAGUGCAAAGGUGAUGACAGAAGGUGGUCACAGCAAAGGAUUUGGGUUUGUAUGUUUUUCUUCCCCAGAGGAAGCCACAAAAGCAGUCACUGAAAUGAAUGGGCGAAUCGUGAGUACCAAGCCCCUCUAUGUUGCAUUAGCCCAGCGGAAAGAAGAGCGAAAGGCUAUACUAACUAAUCAGUACAUGCAAAGGCUUGCAAGCAUCCGUGCCAUUCCAGCACCUCCACUUCUUGGCUCCUACCAGCAGCCUUCAGGAUAUUUCAUGCCAGCUGUACCACAGCCUCCAAGUCGAGCUGCAUUUUACAGUUCCAGUCCUGUUGCACCGAUACGCCCCACACCUCGAUGGACAUCACACCCGCCUCCUGCAAGGCCUCCAAGUAAGCUUCUCUUCAGUUACUGUAGAAAGCAGAAUUUGACCAUAAAACAUCAAUGA